AGUUUAAAUAAGAGUUAGUACCGCGAAGAUGUGGCUAGCGAGCGUAUGUUCGCUCCUGGCGUUUGCCGCCGUUCUUCAGAACUGCGACGCUCAAAAAGCAAUUUUAACACCGCCGUAUUUUAAUUUAGCCGAAGGCAGAAAAAUUUAUGCUUCAGCUACUUGUGGUGAAGAUAUUGAAGGACCUGAACUUUAUUGUAAAUUGAUUGGAAGCAAUGCUGAUCACGAUUCACAAUACAAUCUUAUUCAGGGACAGUAUUGUGACACCUGCGAUCCUACAAAACCAGAUAAGCGCCACCCACCUGAAUAUGCUGUUGAUGGUACAAGUAGCUGGUGGCAAAGCCCCCCACUUUCAAGAGGCAAUAAAUACAACGAAGUUAAUUUAACAAUCGAUUUUGGACAGGAAUUUCACGUAGCAUACAUUUUUAUAAAAAUGGGAAUAUCACCACGUCCUGGUUUAUGGAUAUUGGAAAAAUCUACAGAUUAUGGUAAAUCGUUCACACCCUGGCAAUACUUUUCUGACUCAGCUGCCGACUGUGAAUUAUUUUUCGGCAAAGAAUCUUUAGAAGGCAUAAAAUCAGACGAUUCAGUAAUAUGUUCUACAGACCACUCGAAAAUUGUACCAUUAGAAGGAGGAGAGAUUCCUAUCAUGUUACUAAAUAAUCGACCAUCCGCAAAUCAUUACUUUAACUCAAGUGUACUGCAAGAAUGGACUCGCGCCACUAAUGUACGGUUUCGAUUUUUAAGAACAAAAAAUUUAUUGGGACAUUUAAUGUCUGUUGCAAGACAAGACACUUCAGUAACAAGAAGAUAUUUCUAUUCGAUAAAAGAUAUUAGCAUUGGUGGUAGAUGUAUGUGUAAUGGUCACGCAGACUCUUGUGACGUCCAAAAUUCAGCAGUACCAAACAUUUUACAAUGUUCAUGUCAACAUAAUACCUGCGGUGCUAAAUGUGAACGUUGUUGUCCCGGAUUUGAACAAAAAGCUUGGCGAAUAUCGAAAGCUUCUCAACCCUUCUUUUGUGAACCUUGUAACUGUUUCCAACACAGCAAUGAAUGCUUGUACGAUCCUGAAAUCGACGCUAAACGUUUAUCAUUAGACAUACAUGGAAAUUAUGAAGGUGGUGGUGUUUGUAAAAAUUGUCAACACAAUACAGAAGGAAUUAAUUGCAAUAAAUGCAUGCCAACGUUUUAUAGACCAUACGAGAAACAUUGGAAUGAAACGGAUGUUUGUCAACCUUGUAAUUGCGAUCCAUUUUUCUCAACUGGUAAUUGUGAGGAAGGUUCGGGCCGAUGUGAAUGUAGAAAAGAAUUUUUGGAACCACACUGUGAUGACUGCAGUUUUGGCUAUUACGGUUAUCCCAAUUGCAAAGCUUGUGAGUGUUUCUUAAAUGGAACACUCGAAUUGCAGUGUGAGCGAGAAAAUGGAAUGUGUACGUGUAGAAAUAACUUUAAUGGAACUUUCUGUAAGGAAUGUGCUGAAGAGUUUUAUGGAUUCCCAGAAUGCAAGCCUUGCGAAUGUGAUGAUUUGGGAUCAGUUUCACAAUCAUGUAACCAAGAAACAGGAUAUUGUACAUGCAAAAGCAACUAUGGUGGAGAAAAAUGCGAUCAAUGUCACAACGGAUAUUUUGAUUAUCCUUCAUGUGAAUAUUGUAACUGUGACGUAAAGGGGACUAUAGACAUUAUUUGCAAUAAAACUACUGGAAAAUGUAUCUGUAAAGAAGGAUAUGGAGGUCAAAGAUGUGAUCAAUGUAUAGCAGGAUACUACGGAUAUCCAGAUUGUCAACAAUGUAAUUGUAGCACUAUAGGAUCACCAUCAACUGUAUGUGAUGCAUCGGGAAAAUGUUCUUGCUUGAGUAAUUUUGCUGGUCGUACUUGUAAUCAAUGUAGUCCCGGUUAUUACAAAUAUCCGGAAUGUUUACCAUGUAAUUGCGAUAGCCACGGAGCAAAUGGAAUGUCGUGUGACACUGAUGGUCUUUGCGAGUGUCAUUCUAAUUUUGAUGGAAAUCGUUGCGAUAGAUGUAAAGAAGGAUAUUAUAAUUUCCCAACUUGUGAAGAUUGUAAUUGUCAUCCUGCUGGUGUUAUCGAAGGUUUCGCGGGCUGCGGAUCUGUACCGGCUGGAGAAUUAUGUCUUUGCAAGGAUCGAGUUGAAGGACGUAUUUGUAACAAAUGUAAACCUCUUUAUUGGAAUUUAAACGCAAAGAAUUCGGAUGGAUGCGAAGAUUGCAAUUGUAAUACAAACGGUGUUUUGGGUGGUUUGUUGGUUUGCGAUGGUGAUAGUGGACAAUGCCCUUGCAAACCAUCUGUUGUGGCACGUGGAUGUACAGAAUGUGCAGAUGGAACAUUUAAUUUACAACAGGAGAAUCUUUUUGGAUGUACAGAUUGUGGAUGUGAUAUCGGAGGUGCUUUAAGUCCAAUUUGUAAUAAAAGAACUGGUGAAUGCGCUUGUCAAUCUCGUGUAACGGGGCGAACAUGUAAACAACCACUUCAAACCCAUUAUUUUCCAACAUUAUACCAAUAUCAAUAUGAAAUAGAAGAUGGUCAUAGUCCUCAAGGUUCGAAAGUGAGGUACGCCUACAAUGAAACGCAAUUUCCGGAUUAUUCAUGGAAAGGUUACGCUGUCUUUUCCUUUUUACAACGCGAAGUUAUUCAAGAUAUUUACGUUGCUAAACCAUCCGUUUAUUUAAUGGUUCUUCAUUACGUUAAUGAACACGAAACUACCAUCGGAACCAUUAAAGCUAUUCCGGAAAGUCCAACAGAUAAUGAACAAACUUUACAAGUUAUGUUUAAAAAUACUAGUGCUCCCACUUCGGUUAUAACGGAAUCUUUGGUUAUGAAUACUGGCCCAUGGAGGUUUAUCAUUAAAAUUGAUAAACCCCUUUUAUUGGAUUAUUUUGUACUUUUACCAGAAGAAUUUUAUUCAGCAUCUAUUUUAAAACAACGUGUUGAAAAUCCAUGUAAAAUAUUCGAUAAAGGAUUAUGCAGAGAUUUUAGGUAUCCAAAUGUAUCAUCUUUUGCAACUACUUGGGGAGCUGGUGCUUUUAUCGAUUUAGGAGAUGAAAUGGCUGCUAAACCAAGUGAAUUUUUUACUGAUGAGGAACAAUUAAAAGAAUUAGGAAUAAGAAAAAUGGUCCCAAUUAUAUCCCCAGCACAACAAGGAUUAGAUUAUUUACUAUCAGUUAACAAAGCAGGUCCAUAUGUAAUUGUUUUAACUUAUGUAACACCAAGAGAUGAUGAUCGCAGUCAUUCCAUUGACGUGGAUAUUAUUGCUGAUGUCGUAACGACCGGUAAAAUCGAAUUAUAUUCGUGUUCUUAUUCCCAUACUUGUCGACAAGUCGUUCGAUCUGGAGCAGGUGGAGUCAGUGUUAUUAACGCUACAGAUGAUAUUAAAAUAAAAUUGAAGGGUAAUAAUACAAACGUUGGCAUUGAAUCAAUAAUAGCAAUACCUUACGAUGAAUGGUCUUUGGACUACAUUGGACCAAGACCGAUUUGCAUAAAAGAAAGUGGAGAAUGCGUUAAAGCAAGUUUUCCGAAUUCGCCUGAAUCUAAAAAAGUACAAUAUGAGCAAGAAGUUAUUGUAGAAGAAACUGUUCCACCUAUAGUGGCGAAAAACACAACUACUUAUAUCCAUUUGAAUCCAAAACAAUCUGUUAUCGAUAUUAAAGGAAAAGUUCCAAUUGCUGGGCAAUAUUACGUCUUUGUUGUACAUUACUAUCAACCCGAUUAUCCAGAAUAUGAUUUAAACAUCAUAAUCCAAAAUGGUCAAUUCUACAAAGCGAAACUACCAGUUCGACAUUGUCCAUCAGAAUCAGGUUGCAGAGCAUUAAUCGUUCAACCGAAAGAGAAUAACAACAAAUUUUUAUUAUACGAAAACUUCGUCAUAACACACGAGCUUCCUGAUAAGAAAAACAGAGACAUUUACCUCGAUUACAUCUUAGUUAUACCACAUGACGUUUAUUCCCCUCAAAUUUUAGAAGAAGAUUAUUUCGAUAGAGCAAAUCAGUUUAUACGAUCUUGUGCCAACAAAAAUUUUGAUGUCGAUACAACCCAAGACGGCUUUUGUCGAGAUUCCGUGUUCUCCAUUACAGCCGGUUACAAUAACGGUGCUUUACCAUGCGAGUGCGAUUAUUUAGGUUCUUUAAGUUUCGAAUGCGACAAAUUUGGUGGGCAAUGUAAAUGCAGACCGCAUAUUAUCGGCCGACAAUGCGAAGCUUGUAAAACUGGAUACUAUGGUUUUCCCGAUUGCCAACGCUGUAAUUGUCCAUCUACGGCUGUUUGUGAACCAGAAUCCGGAGUAUGUAUUUGUCCAUCUCAUGUUACUGGGGAACGUUGUGACCAAUGCGAACCACUUACUUAUGGUUUUGAUCCAAUUAUUGGUUGUGAGGAAUGUAAAUGUAACCCGUUAGGUGUUAGAAAUCAUGAUUUACAAUGUAAUUUGCUAAGUGGAGAAUGCGAUUGUCAAGAAAACAUAGUAGGACGUUCAUGCGAUAUUUGCAAGGCAGGACACGCGUAUUACCCAUCAUGUGAUACAUGUAAUUGUGACAUACGUGGAACAAUAACUGAUAUAUGCGACCAAGAUACUGCAGAAUGUUUAUGUAAAAAGUAUGCUACCGAUGUUGACUGCUCAAGAUGCAAGGAGGGUUCUUUCAAUCUCCAAGCGAACAAUGAAGAAGGUUGUACGGAAUGUUUCUGUUUUGGAAAGACAACACGUUGCCACAGUUCUGAUUUGGUAAAAACAGCCGUUUCUGAUGCGAAAAAUUGGAAAGUAGUGGAGGUGAAUACUACCGAGAAUUUUGAAAUGAAAGUAUUAAAUAUUACUGUUGAUAAUCCGGACAGUACAUACGAUUUGAAUGUUAAUUUUGAAGGAGAAAACGUAACAGAAAAUGGUACUUUGUAUUUGUCGGCACCUGAUACGUACCUUGGAAAGAUGUUAGUGGCUUAUGGAGGGUUUUUGAAGUUUAGGGUGUACUAUACUAUUGGACAUUCAGGUCGUGCUAUCAGUGGUGCAGAUAUAAUUCUACAAGGUGCUAACACUUAUUUAACAUAUUACAAUGUUGAACAACCGGCAGUUGCAACCGAUUAUGAGGGGUCGUUAGAAAUGGUAGAAUCUAAUUUUGAGUUACCACUUGGUCAAUCAGCCAAAAGAGAACAUAUCAUGGCCGUUUUAAAUGAUUUACGUGGUCUUUACAUAAGAGUGAAUUAUUGGAGCGCAACAGAUAAAAUAACUAUAUCUGAUGUGUACUUAGAAAUUGGCGAGGAAAGUAAAUAUUAUCCAAAUGCCGGUAACUUAACGCUCGCUACAUCUGUAGAACAUUGCGAUUGUCCACCAAAUUAUCAAGGAUUAUCUUGUGAAGAAUGCGCACCCGGCUAUUAUCGAGUUCAAGGACCUCACGGAGGUUCUUGUUUACAAUGUCAAUGUCACGGACAUGCUGAUACAUGCGAUGUAAAAACAGGAAUUUGUACAAAUUGUCAACAUAAUACAAGAGGUGAUCAUUGCGAAAUGUGCGAGGUCGGUUAUCAUGGAAACGCCGAACAAGGAACACCCAUGGAUUGUCUUAUUUGCGCAUGUCCCUUACCUAUUGCCUCAAAUAACUUCGCUACUAGUUGUAACGUCAGUUCGGAUGGUGAAAAAAUCAGCUGCGAUUGUAUUGAAGGAUACUUGGGGGCUAAAUGUGACUCUUGUGGACCAGGGUUUUAUGGAAAACCUGAAAUUCAAAAUGAAACGUGUAAACCUUGCAGUUGUUCAGGAAAUAUUGACGCAUCAUUGAAAGAAUCUUGCGAUUCAGAAACGGGAGAAUGUUUAAAAUGUUUAAACAACACUUUUGGUGCUGCGUGUGCUCUUUGUGCUCCAGGUUAUUUUGGUGAUGCUAUUGAUAAAAAGGAUUGUCAAGCUUGUAUUUGUGAUCGUUGGGGAACAGAACGUUGUGAUAGUUAUACAGGAACUUGCGUCUGUAAACGAAAUGUAAUUGGAGAGAAAUGUGAUAGAUGCGAAAUCGAACAUUACAAUUUCGAAAGUGGUGAAGGCUGCGAUCCUUGUAAUUGUGCUAUAGCUUCCGAAAGUAAUCAAUGCGAUGAUCGCACAGGUCAAUGUAAAUGUAAAUCUGGAGUAACCGGAAAAACAUGCGAUAGAUGUGCACAUGAUUUCUGGAAUUACACCGAAACGGGAUGUUCAUCUUGUAAAUGCAAUAAGGAAUACGCAAUCGGCGUUGGUUGUAAUCCACACACUGGGCAAUGUGAAUGUUUAACUGGGGUUAUAGGUGAAAAAUGUGAUCAUUGUCCACAUCGUUGGGCUUUUAUACCAGGGUAUGGUUGUCAUCAAUGCGAUCAAUGUACUCACGCACUUUUAGACACUACUGAUGCUUUGGCAGCUUUAAUUGAUCCCAUUAUUCAUGAGUUUGAUUCAGCUGAUUCUGGAUUUUUCACAUCGCGUCGAUUUAUUCAUAUUAAUGAAACAUUCGAAAAUCUGAAACCAAGAGUGUUAGCUUUAGAUCCAGAAAACACAGAUUUAGCUCCAAUAAUACAAGAAUUAGAAUCUCUGGAGCAAGAUUCUCUAAAUAUGAACAGAAAAGCAAACUAUUCCUUGGAUAACGGAGAAAAACUAGUUCAAGAAGCGGGAGCGGUGAAAAAUGCAACUAAUCAAGCUAAAAAUGAUCUCAAUAAAGCAAUAGAUAAUAUUCACGAUGCCAUCGAUACUAUUGAACAACUUUCAAGAAAUUUAACUUUUGGAGAAGGCCCAAAAACGGAGGCUGCGAAACAAGAAGCUGAAGCGAUCAUGGACGAACUGAGGAAGCACAACUUAGCCCAACCAAAAGUUAGAGUAACAAACGCGACCAUCGAUGUUGGUAAUAUCAUCAUAGAACUGCGCACAUUUAAUGCUUCCAUAAGCCCGUUGAUAACUGGAGUGACAGAUUUAGAAGACGAUUUGAAGUUGUACAAUGAUAAACUGGAUGAUUUACAUAAUCACACACAAUAUACUAUCAAUAAGGCGAGGGAGGCUGAACUUUUAUACGCUCAAAAUAGUCAAGAUCGCAUUCAAAAGAAAUUUGAAAGUUCGUUAAACCAUACUCAAGAAGCAAAGAACAAUCUCAAAGAUUCUGAUGAACUUCUCCAAAAUGCAACGUUAAAUCUAAAGAAUGCCAAAGAUUUAUACUCAAAUUUAUCAAAUUAUCUAGAUUCAAUCGAAGUUCCAAUAAAAGAUUUCGAGAGUAUGAAUGAUUAUACAGAACAGCAACUUUUUUCAUUAGAGGAUACACUUCCCAAAGUUUUCGACCACGCAGCAAAUUUAUCAACGCGAGCAGAAGAACUCAAUAAUAUCCUACAUGAAACGGAAGGAACGUCGGCAAAUGCAAUAAGAGCCGCUAAUGCUUAUAAUGAUAUAGUAACCGCUAUAGAAGAAGCAUUUGCUGCUGCAGAAGAAAGCAAAGAAUAUGUUACUAACGCAUCAACGGCAAGAGAAGCUUUAAAUAAAAAAGUUGCCAAUGCAACAGAUAAUGCUUCAGAUUUAUUAGAUGAUGUUUAUGCAACUAAACAGAAUAUUCAAAAAGAACUUGAACCGAAAUUAUUAGAAUCUCAGAUUAAAUCUCGAAAAAUACGUUCUAUUCAUGAUAAGAAUGUUGAAAAAGUAAAAGGUAUCGAAGAUUUUAUUAAAAAUUACCCUUCGCAAUCAGUCGAUGGUCUUUUAAUUGAUGCUUUGGAAACUACAAAUACAGCAGAUGUUGAAACUCAGGAUAUCUUAAAACAAAUCGGGAGCAAUUAUAAUGAAGUUCCUCAUGAAACCAACGCUGCUAAAGAAUUACCAAAGAAACUUCAUAAUGCUAAUCAAGGAAUUGAUCAAGUUAAGCAACAAUUAAAUGAUAUUAAUGAGAAAUUACCGGAAUUGAUCGAAAAAUUAAAGAAAUAUCCUACGCAACCAAGCGACUUAGGUGCUAUUUCAGACAAUUUACAAGAUAAAAUUAAGAAAUUAAAUCGGCAAAUCGCUUUAGCAAGAGACAUAGCUAAUCGAAUUAAAGUUGGAUUAAGAUUUGAACGUAACACUACUUUAGAAUUACGUAACAUCGAAUCACUUCCAGAUCUUGCAACUUCCACUUACAUUUCUGGAUACUUCAAAACCAAAGAAAAAAAUGGAUUACUUUUAUAUUUGGGAAAUGAAGUUGGAACGAAUUUAAGAAGAACGACAACUGAUGAUUUCAUGGCUCUCGAAAUCGAAAACGGUUAUCCAGUUUUAACAAUAGAUCUUGGUGUUCGAGCUGAAAGAAUAGUUAAUCCGAAAUACGUCGCUGAAGACAUUUGGUAUCAAUUUAUCAUUGAACGUACUGGGUUAAAUGCAAAAUUAAUAAUUCGAAAAGAUCGCAGAGAUGGCACGGUUGAAGAAACGGUGCAAGAAUACGUUUUGGACGGACCUUACACAAUUUUCAAUGUCGAUAGAAACCAAACAAAACUAUUUGUGGGAAGUCAUCCACCAGAAUUCCGAAUACAAGAUAGUAUCAGACAGAGUUCUUUUGAAGGUGAAGUUGAAGAUUUGGUUAUUGGUGAUACACCAGUGUCUUUAUGGAACUUUAAUAGUGGAUUUGAGAAUCACAGGGGUGCUUAUGAAAG